AUGUGCUUCAGCACUCGAAUUGUGAUCCAGCUGUAUCCUGACCAAGGCCACGUCUUCGGUGCUGCCGCCACUCUCCAUGGCAAUGAACUUCUUCACCUAGAGGACUACUUGAUCUCUUCGAACAAGCUCGGUUUCGAGGAUGUGCCCGAUUCUCAGCUGGAUGAAAUAAACUUCCUUUUCCAGACAAAUCAUUUGCCAAUGUGCGUGUUUCGACCCAACUCAGCUGAUCGUGAGGCCUCUAGUCAAUCAUCUGUGAAACCUUUCAGUCGCACUGUCGGCUACAGCGGUGCGUCGUCCACAGCCUCGGAUGUUCACACAAGCGUUCAGUCCGAGGAUAGUGCUGACGCUUUUUGUGAUAUAUUAAAGUCACCGAUUAGAAAUAGGCGCAAGCGUUACAGCGCCGUAUCCUCCUCUUCCAGUUGCAGCGAAGACUUCCCCUUCUACGGGGAGUCUUCGUCAUCGUACACCAACCAAAUCCGCAGUGGUAGAAUACCUAUUUUUACCGGUCCACUCUCCGAGAAACUCUUUCCUCCGUCCCAACCUCCAUUGUCACCCACAAAACCCUGCCAGCCUGUGCUCAAGUCGCUAUCAAAUCAAAUGAUCAACCACGGCCUGCCACCGAAAACGUACACUCCUGAGGCCCCUUACCCUCCUUCGAAGUUUGAAAGACUACGUGGAAGACAGCGAACCCUAACCGAUAUUUCCCGACUGGCUGAGUCAGAGGAUUCCGACUCAAGUGAUGCGCACGCCUCCGACUCGGAAUGUUAUCGUUUUCCCGAUCCACCACUCCGUCCAUCGCUGCCCAGGCAACGUCAACAGAGUCAGGAGCGUUUCGCUUAUAGCUACGGCAGCGGCAUCAGCAAAUCGCUUAAUUCUACACUGGAUACCCGCGGCACCUUCCAAGGUUUCAAGCGUGAUCCUUUUUCGGACGACUUUUCCGACUGCUCGGUGACGGCGUACCGCACUUCUCUUUCUAACGAACAACUAUCUGAGACUGACCAUUCCGAGCGUCACAUCCGUGAUGUGCAUAUUCUGGAGCGUCUUCGAGUACCAUUCACCUACGACGAAGUCGCUUACAGCACUAAUGAGAACUUUCGCGAAAUGAAAGCGACUCCCGGCUUAAGUGUGGAUCAGAUCACGGCCAUGCUGGAUGCUCGUCGGCGGGCAACUAACCGUCAGGCCGCGGAACGUUGUCGCCGCGGCAAAUCAGCCGCUCGUGACAGUCUAGCCAAUCAGCUAGGUCGUCUGCGACUCGAACGCGCACACCUCACCAAGCGUCUGGUGCGCACUCGAAAACGUCGUCAGUGUCUCAGGUAG